AUGGAUAUUGAUAUAAUUAAUACAACAAAAUUAUCAAAUAUGAUUACAAGUCCAACAUUUACAUGGUGUUUUUUAAUGCCAGCAAUACAUUUAUAUAGUUUAAUAUCAAAUAUACUUUGUAUAAUCGUUUUUUGUUCAAAUGUAUUUAUUAAAAAACCAAUUGCUAUUUAUUUUAUUUGUUUAUUAAUAAGUGAUUCAAUAACAUUAUUAAUUGGUUAUAUUGAAAUGAUUGAUCGUGAAACAAAUAUGAUUGAUAAAUCAUCAUGGUUAUGCAUGUUUAAUGAAAAAAUUAUACAUAAAUUAACAGAUUUUAUUUAUACAUUUAUGGGACGAUUUUGUCUUGAAUGGGUUUUAUAUAAAGUUUUAUGGACACGUGCAUCAACAAUAUUACUUGCUAUAUUAAGUGUACAACGAUCAAGAACAUUUUUUUCAUUGUCUUAUCAUGAAUCACGUAUAUAUGCAUUUCUUGCAUGCAUAUUCAGUAUUAUUAUUGCUAUGACAAUAACAUGUUUAGAAUGGAUUGUUGUAGAAUACGAUAAAGUUAAUGAUAUAAAUGUUUAUUUAGAAAUUUUGCAAACAAUCAUUCAUAAACAUUCAUCACAAGAGGUUUAUUCAACAUAUUUAUAUCGCUAUGAUAAUGAAUCAAUGAUCAAUUAUCCUUGUAUGGUUGAAUCAUUUAAUGUAACAUCUUUGCCUAGUUCGACAAAUCCGUACAAUUGUUCAUCACAUGAGAGAGCAUCACAAUUUUAUCUGCUAACUAAAUCAUUACUAUCUAAUCGUGAUGCAGAAGCUACAGAAAAUACCAUGAAUAUAUUAACAAAUAUUAUUUCUAAUGAUUAUAAUCUAUCAAAUCAAUCAAUAUUAAUUGAACAUAAGACAAUUGCUAAAUCAUCUGAUUUUAUCAUGAAAUUAUUUGAAAAACGUUCUUGUCAAAUCGAAUUAAGUUAUCCAUUUUGGUUACGAACAUUUGAUUUUCUUCAGUCCGUAUCAUUUUCAUUUAAUCGUCAUACAUUAGCAAUAUUUUUUGGUAAUGCAUUACCAUCAUUUAUUGUCGUUCUUGCUAAUCUUGUAUCAAUAAAAGUAAUUUAUUUUUCGAAAAGUUUAAAAUAUUUAAAACAAGCAACAAGAAAAAAUCGUCGUAAACGUCGUUUACAAAAUGAUUUACGUGCAUUUCUUGUUAUAUUAAUUGAAAGUUUUUCAAUUAUAAUGAUAUCAUGGGGUAUACCAAUAUUUUUAACAAUGUAUCAUUGUCAUACAUUGUAUGUUGUAACUAUAGCUGCAUGUCCAAAAAUAAAAGAUUAUUUAGCAUUAUUUCUUUUUACGGAUUUAUUUAAUUCAGCAACAAAUUGUUUAUUAUAUUCAUUAUCAGGAAAAUUAUUUCGAACGAGAUUUAUUUUUAUUAUUAAAGUAAUACUUACAUGUGGACGUGGCACAAUAUGGAGAGUAAAACAAAAUCCUUCACAUACAGCAAAUCAACCAUUUGAACGACAAGCAUCAAAUAAUCCACCAACAAACUUUAAUAAUAAGAAUAAUAAUAAUAAUAAUCAUAACAAUAUUGAUAGACAAUCAUUGGGAUGGGGAAAUUAUCGUCAUUCACAACGUUUGUCAUUAUCAAUAACUGAUCAUCAAAAUACAAAAUUAAAUGAUUCAAUAAAAUUAAAAACAACAGUAUAUAACCAGCUACAUGCACAAAAUUCUAAUAUAUCUGAUGAUCAUUCUUUAACUACGCAUAAAUCAAGUGACAAUCAUCGUGAUGAAAAAAAUUCCUCAAGUGAAAUUGAAUUCGAUAUAAUAAAGAAACCGAAAGAUAUUCAACGAAGACAAGGUUCCCAAUCAAUAAAGUUAUUUUUACUCGAUAAAGUACGAUCAUUAAGGUCCACAGGUAGUACAAAUAGCAAUACUAUUGUAUUAAAACAUCCAUCAACAACAUUGACAUUAGAUAAACGAAAAAUUAGAACAAAAAAAAAUUUUUUCAAAUCGAUUACUUCAAAACGACAAGCAAAAACUAAUUUAUCAUUUUCAUCAAGUUCAAUUACCGGUAGUAGUAGCUAUGGUUCACAACGAAACUAUUCAUUAAAUAAACGUUAUUCUUUGUCAAAAUUAAUAUUGAAUAAUACAACAGAUAAUCGACCAAUAGUUAAAGAGAAUAUUUUUGAAAAUUUAACAAGUUGGUAUCGAAUGUAUCAACAAGCAGAACAAGAAGCUCUAUUCGGUGAGUUAUCUCUUUUUAUUCAUCAGAAAUUGAAUCCAAUUUUUCUAUUAGCUGGUCAUGGUCGUGUUAAUCAACUUGGUGGGGUUUUUAUUAACGGUCGUCCAUUACCUGAUCAUAUUCGUCGACAAAUUGUUGAAAUGGCACGUCAAGGAAUUCGUCCUUGUGUAAUUAGUCGUCAACUUCAAGUAUCUCAUGGAUGUGUAUCAAAAAUUCUUUCUCGCUAUAAUGAGACAGGUUCUUAUAGACCAGGUCCUAUUGGUAAUGCAAAUAAUCGACGACAAAUUAGAGAAACAAAUCGAGAACAAUUAAAUGAUGAUGAUAUAACAACUGAAGAAUCCGACGAAAGCAAAAAUAAUUCACUUAAUGAUACUUUACCAUUACGUCCCGUUAGAAAUUUAACUAAUAAUACACGCCGUUAUCGUUCGUCAUUUAAGGCUGAACAAAUUGAAAUACUUGAACAAACAUUUUCUCAUACACCUUAUCCAGAUGUAACUACACGUGAACGACUUUCACAACGUUUAAAUAUUGAAGAAAAUCGUAUUCAAAUAUGGUUUAGCAAUCGUCGUGCUCGUACUCGUAAACCAUCUGUAUCGAAUUCAUCUAAUGCUUCAGCUUCUAAUUAUAUUAAUGAUGAAGAAAAUACCAUACCAUCUUUUCUUGAAUCACCAGUUAUGGAUGUGAAACCACUUGUAAUGAACGAUACUGUUUUUGAUCCAUCAAUAACAUCUAGUCCAUCAUCAAGCUAUUGGUCACCAACAUCUUCAAUGUAUUAUGGCUCGUCUAGUCCUUCAUAUCCUCCAAUGACUAGUCCGUAUUAUUCAACAUAUGCUUCAACAUCUGCCGCAUCUAUUUAUCCAAGUUAUCCGUUGUCAUAUUCUAAUUAUCCGUCAUACUAUUAA